UGAAAUGAGCCCUGGCUAUCCUCUCAGAUUAAGGGCAUUCUCAUUCAACAACGCAACCGAGAGGUAACAGCCUUUCUCUAUAGCUCCUACACUCCGAUGGGAAUUGGGGGAGGUGGUCUUACGUCACGUGACUUUAAACCAUCUUUGCGGACCCUUUGUUGUUGGCUUUUCGGCAAGGUACUCGCGACUGAGCUUUCUUGCUCUGUUCCUCUUUAAAGCGUACAGGCAUCGUUUUUGUAAUAGCCCUGUACUCCGUAUCAGUAGGGAAAGCAGGCGAGUCUCCCUUCUGGCCGUUCGGCUUUGGACUCGUACGGGCGAGGAUACACGGCCGACAUGCACACAAAGACGGAGCAAGAGGGAGCCAACUGGAUCCAAGGAUGAGUAGAGAGCUAGCUACAGCUACAGAAUGAAACGCGUCCAAAAAUAGACACAGGCUCUUUCUGAACCGGGCUGAGAGCCUACUGAGAGUUCUUAUUGCGCCUGCUUUUCCCAGGAAUACUCCAUAUCAAGAGCCCAACCGCAGUUUGAACGGAGAAGCCGUCGUCUUUGUAUGAAUUAGCCGUAGCGUUGUGUUUUUGUUCCACAGCGUGUUUGAAUUCUGAACAAAAAAAGGGGAAAUAAUCUGCACGUCGAGCGCCACCCCAGUCAUGAUGUUGGGUUAUCGGCUCAGAGGGCUCGGAGCACCGCAAUGCCACCACCGUCUCCACUGCACUGUUUUCUGCAUCUUGACCAUCGCCACGGUGCUCGGCGUUCAGGCGUCGUAUCCUCAGAACAGCGACUGCGUGUCCGGCAAAGGAAAAGGCUGCCCAGAUAUGUCUGAGAAGAAGAGCGAUCUGCGGGUAUGCGACCCCUCCACAUGUCGCUAUGGAGGAGUCUGCCGGGACACUGGGGCGGAUCCUAAGUGUGUAUGCCAGUUUCAGUGCCAUAAGAGUUACAUACCUGUGUGUGGAUCUAAUGGGGACACUUACCAGAACGAGUGCUACCUGAGGCAAGCGGCCUGCACACAGCAGCGUUCCAUCUCUCUAGCCUCUACUGGAUCCUGUUAUCCUGACAGCAGCUCAGGGUCUGGGGAUGAAGAUGAUGAGGGAUCAGGCACAGAUUCAGGAAAGAAACUCAGUAAAUGCAGUAACUGCAAGUAUGGCGCUGAAUGUGAUGAGGAUGCAGAGGACGAGGACUCGUGCUCAUGUAAAAUUGAUUGUAGCGGGCAUAACGAGAACCCAGUGUGUGGUACAGACGGAAACUCCUACAACAACCCAUGCCUUGUACGGGAGGCUUCAUGUUUGAAACAGGAGCAGAUAGAUGUUAAACACCUAGGAAGGUGUCCGGACAAAGAAAAAGGAAAAAAGGCCGAUGAUGGACUGUCCUACAAGCCUGACUUUUUUGACACAGCUGACCCAGGAGAAGGAAAAGGAUAUGGCUGGAUGCCAGUUCCCUGCACAGAUGAUUAUGUCAACUUUUGCGUUCAUGGCCAAUGCGAAUUCAAAUAUGGCAUCGCCUCUUGUCGGUGUGACUCUGGAUACACAGGGCCACAGUGUGAGGAGGUGGCUGACUUUAAUAUCCUGUAUGUGGUGCCCAGUGGUCAAAAACUGCACUAUGUACUCAUAGCUGCUAUCAUUGGAGCUGUGCAGAUAGCAAUUAUUGUGGCUGUCGUCAUGUGCAUCACCAGGAAAUGCCCUAAGAAUAACCGAGGACGUCGGCAAAAGCAAAACUUGGGACAUUUUUCAUCAGACCCCUCCUCCAGGAUGAUGUAGCUUGUUUUUAUUUGGCCUUUUCUACUUUUUGUACCAGGUGGAUUACAUUUCUAUGUACUUUUUCCUGUUUCUUUUUUUUUCUUAUAUCUGGACAAUAAGGUUAUCCUUCUGUUUUAUUUUAUUAAAUUUUAUUUGGAUGGUGCCUUAUUGUUUCGUUUCUUUUGGACAUUUUAGGAACUUGUCAGUGGAAAGCACUGCCAACUGAAUGAUAAAAGCCAGCUCUUUAUGUACAUUUUUCUCGUUGAAUUUGUUGAAUUUUUUUGGUACCCAUUUUUGGUAAAUGUUAAAUGUAACUCGGCACACAGACUGUAUCACAGAAGCAGAUGUCCUCCUCUCUUUAGAAUGUGCUUCUUACAAGAAAUAUUCUCUUUCAACUGCCUUCUGCCUGCCCUUCAUGUUUUUUUUUUUCUUUAGCAAAUCAAAUGCAGCUGAACACCAAAUGCAAUUGGGUAUGUACGAUAUGUGCGCCGACAAAAAAGACAGCGUUUAGAGUUUCUUUUAAAAAAAAAAAAAAAAGGAAAUUCCGGAAAAUGGAAUGCAAUGUGGUUGAUUAGCUAAUCCUGUCAUGUGGAAAUGUUUGUAGAUUUUACAUUCAAAUGUUAUUGGUGUUGUUAUUGUUGAAAUGAUCAUUGUCAUUAAUUUAAUUCUAGGCACUGCAUAUCGCAUGACCUGUGAAACUGUGUCCAGUGAUGUAGAUUUAAUAGAAUUAAAUUCCCUCUUAUGAA